AGUAUGUUUACUGCUAAUUGUUGACUGACAAUUACCGUGUAUAAAUUGAAUCUUCAAUGUUUGUGUGAAAACAUUUCAGCAAUAUCUAGUUUUAUUGUUAUGUUUUAAUUGAUUAUUUUCUAUUUUACUAGUUUUAACCUCAUUAUUUGCCUACAUAAUCCAUCCUUUAUCUCAUCUGGUCUCGUCUUGUCAACUUUAACACCAGCAUACUCGUUUGAUAUUUGUUAUUUUUUCUUAUAAUUUCAUUCUCUACACAUUAACCAACUUUACUGUGUUCCUACUUAUUUCUUGUUCAAUAAUCUUCGAUCAUUUCAAUACCAAGGAGAUUCAAAGAUUCCUCGAGCUAGAAGCUUUUAAAGACAUUAUACUGCCUUUAGUCACUCACUCUUUUAUGUGGCUCAACAUCGCAAUAAUUUUAAAAUGUUUCUAACUGAGAAUCAAUUUCGAGAUGCUCUUCACUGGUAUCAAAAAAAGAUUGGCUCUUAUGACCAGCAAGUUUGGGAAAAGUCCAUCGAGGAAAGAGUUCUACGAGGUUUAAGUCAUGCCAUACCCAAGAAAGUGGCUCGAGUUAAGAAAGAAUCAAUCGACUUGGAUCUAGAUUUAAUUAGAGGAUCAUAUUUUGCUAAAGCUAAACCUCAACAAAGCUGGUUAACAACAACUUACCUUGGUAUUGUGCGAAUCUUAUUGUUCCCCUUCUAUUUAAAUUGGUGGACCGAACAAACAAAUUCCUUAAUAUGUGCCAUUCUAUUUAUUCUUUAUUGUCUUCAAAUGAUCUCAAUGUACAUUUAUUUUAAUUCGGAAAAGGACGAUUUCGAUGAGAUUCCAAUCUCAGAGGUUGUCUCACCUUUGUUCAUGUUCUUCAUAUUGGGAACCAUGCAAUCACAAAUAGGUGCCUCAUCAAGUAGUAAAAAUAGAUCUUACCGGUCAAGACUAAAUUGUCCACCAGUAGCUUCAACAUCAUUAUCAUCAUCAACAACACCAACAACACCAACUACAGCAGCUACAACUUCAUCUGUGACCAACCAUGUGAACAAAAGUUCAAAUGCAAGCUCAUUGGCUACUGCGGCUAGUACGAACGUAAACUCUCCCUCAUCAUCUGCAUCAACAGCAUCCACAUCUUCAAAUUCAUCAACCUCAUCCAAUCAUCAAAAAUCAAGAGAAAUUUUAUUAACUCAACGAAAUCCAGUAUCAACUCGAUUACCCAGCAAUAACGACGAAAAUAGUUUAAUCACUGGUUUAUGUAAAAAUUGUUCAAAGCGUGAUAAAGAGACUCUUAGCUCAAAUUUAAAAAAAGUCAAACGACUUAAUCUACCUUUAUCAUCAUCAACUGUAUCAUCUUCCGCAACAUCCCUACGUCAUUCUUCAUCGUCAAUCAUUGAAAGAAGAACCUCAACUGUAUCUAGCAGCAAAAAAUUAACUUCCAGAGUUGAAUCAAAAGUUUCUGACGAUGAAAGUGGAUUAGAUUCAAUGGAAACCCAAAAUGGUUCUCCCAAGGAAGAGGAGGAGGAAGGAGAGGAAGAUGAUGAAGGAUUAGAUAAGGGUGAGAUUGAAGGUGAAGAUGAAGAGGAAACCUGUCUUAACAGGCGAAGAAUCAUAAACAAACACGUUGAUCCUGCGGAAGAAGAUGAAGAUGUUAGUGACAAUUGUUCAACUCCUGGGUCAUGUUCACCAUCAGCAGAUCAAUCGCCAUCAACCUCUAGUUCAACCAAAUCCACUCCCGGCUAUUCUGGAAGGCGGAAAAAAUUUUCUCACCAGAAAAUAUCUGACUGUGAAUCAGCUGAAAGAGCUGAUUUCGUAGACAAAAAAGAAGUCAAUACUGAUACUGAACCUGAUGGAACAAUCGGUGAUUUGAGCUCGGCUGAUGAAUGUUCGCCUUACUCAACAGUCGAUUCAAAUAAUCGUUUCGAAUGGUCCAGAAAAUAUAAUAUCCCUUCGACAGCCACAGGAAUAAAGAUUGACAGUAGACUUAGUAAUUCUCGUACAAACAAAAGUCCAGUUAAUUUCCUAUUAGAGUCAACCAAUGAUUCUGUUGGUGGCAAAAGUCAACGAAGUAAAAGUAAAUCGAGUAAAUCUAGUAAAUCUGGUCGUCUUCAGUUUCGCUUACCUUGUACCAAGCCACGAGAUUGUUCAUCAUCAGGCGAAUCAGAAUGUUCAAUGUCACCAACCUCACCAAUAACCAAGUUAGCUUCUGACUUGGAUUGGCCUUCAAUAAACUCAGACGGCACUUCGGACGAAGAAGGUGAAAUGGGUGAUGUAACCAAUUCUUUGGGUAAAUUGAACGAAGAUACAGAAUUUUUUCAUUUUCGUGAGGAAAAAACUCGCUUAACUCAUGAAGACCAUAAUCCGUCCCACAAUUUCAGCCCAGAAGAUACUUCAUACAGCCAAAGAAGUGGUAAAACAUUAAGUGACAAAGUGAGCUGUGCUAUUUGGCAAAUGAGGGAAUGUCAGAAAGUUGACCUUUCAGUGUUGGACAUUUCUUCGUCAAUCAUUCGCAAAGUUGAAUCUGUUAAACACUCGAAUGAAUAUUUUUACCUUGGUUUCCUGUUGUCAUUGGUUCUUGCCUUUAUUCCGGUCAUUUUUCGUAUUCGCCAGUAUGCAACUUCAGCUCGUUUCACCGAAACUCGACGUAAAGUGGUUCCAACUCCCUUCUCUGGACCCAAUACAUCAAAAGAAAUAUCUGACAUUAUUCAAGAAAUACCGACCCUGGCAACUGACUUGUUAGCUGAAUCAAUGGUCUUAUCAUUUUCAUCUUUGGGCGUUCAAUUUGUCGUUAUCGUGGCUAUCAUUGAGAGAUUUUUUCUCAGCUUGUGUUUCUUUUUCCUUCUUUGUGUUGCUGAGCGAACCUUUAGAGAGAGAUUUCUUUAUGCAAAAUAUUUUUGCCAUUUAACUUCAUCCAGACGUGCGCGUCGAUCCGAUUUACCACAUUUCCGUCUAAAUAAAGUACGAAACAUAAAAACCUGGUUAUCCGUCAGAUCCUAUCUUCAAAAUCAUGGCCCACAAAGAUCUAUUGAUGCAAUUGUUUCAUCAAGUUUUAUUGUUGAAGUUAGCAUAUUAACAUUCCUAUGCAUUCAGCUACUUCGAGAUAAUGAAAUCUGUUCAGAAAAACUCUAUUGCUGGGAAAUGGUUUUCUGGAAUCUUGCUAUUGGAUUAUACAUUAUGCGAUUAAUGAUUCUUGGAUCCAAAAUGAAUCGUAAAAGUCGAGGCUGUUUAACAAUCUUGCUAUCGGAACAGAUUAAUCUUUACCUUCAACUGGAACAAAAGCCUCACAAAAAGGAAGAUCUUACUCUUGCUAAUCAAUUAAUUAAAUCUGCUGCCGAUGUAUUGAAAUUAUUGGAAGCACCAUUCAAAAUUUCCGGCUUCUCGGCUAAUCCAUAUCUUUACAAUAUAACUAAAGUCAUUGUUUUGUCUGCUUUCUCUGCUGUACUUACUGAGCUUCUUGGUUUCAAGUUGAAGUUAUACAAAAUCAAGCUAACUUCCUAGAAAUUUUCAAUCGACAGCAAAGUCUUAAUCUGUAUUAUCAACGACAUUUUCAUUAAUCUAUUUAUUCACAAUAGACUCACAGAAAAGUAUUUUGUAUUAGUAUAUUAGAUGGUCAGUUAAUUUUAUUAGUUUUUGAAUUUAAUCAGAAAAUAAUAAAAGCUAAAGCUGAUGAAUAACUUUGGAUUGUCGCCUACAAUAAUCUACAAUUUACACUUUUAACCACAUUGAGAUCAUUAGAUCGCGUCUGUUUAAGCUUGUACCUAAAUCUGUCGAAUCCGUGAAACUAACCUUUAUAUGGUCAUUUGUUGGUUGAUUGGAGCAUUUAUUUUUUGACUUUGAACGGCAAUGUCAACAAAUGUAUUUAUAACUGUUGUAUCAAUGUAUUAUGAUUGUCGAUUUCAACCGACUACUUGCCAUAGAUAAUUUGUUCAAUACAAAUAGACAAAACUGAAUACGAAAAGCAGAACUUCAUUGAAGCUGGAAUAAAAUUGUAUUUCAAAACAUCAACUAAAACCAUUAGAAUGUUUCAUUUUAGAAUCUAAUAAUUAACAUUAAUAAUUGUAAUAUAAUUAUUAUCUUUAUUUUGUCAACAAAUAAUGAAAUAAAAAACAUGUUCAAAUAAU